GGUGAAAGGAUCACGUUGAUUCGACGAGUGGAUGAGAAUUGGUAUGAAGGAAAGAUCUCUGGCACCAAUCGCCAAGGCAUCUUCCCGGUCACUUAUGUGGAGGUGCUCAAACGGCCAGUGGUCAAGAAUGCCAUCGACUAUCCUGACCCACCAAUGUCCCUCUCCCCUAACCGCAGCAUGACAGCUUCACCACAGUCUCCCAGCUCUGAGCUGCUCCAUACACCAACUCCUCCGCCUUUGCCUUUCGUGCGCCGCGCCUUAUCUCCAGAGGUGCAGGCGGUCACAUCUGAGUGGAUUGCUCUGACCGUGGGAGUGUCUCCUAGCACCACUCCUGCCAUAACUCCUCCAUUGCCUCCUCCGCCUGAAGCCUCCCUCUCUCACACUGACUAUCUCUCGCCUUCUGCUGCAGCCAGCCCUUCCCCCACGGUCAGCCUCCACCAUUCUCAUCUCUCUGGCUCCUCGACUCCCAGGUCCAUUAAAUCCCCAUUGCCCUCUUACUCAUCCAGACCUCAGUCCUCUGCUCACAGUUUCUAUCAGGCCACUCCGCAAAGUGAAGAAAAGUUUGUUGGCUCCCCUUCUCCCAGCGUGAGCUACUCUAACUCCCCUCGCUGGGCAGUGGAGAGCCCCGAAAGCGUCCUCACAGAGCAGCGUGACACCACUGGCAGCCGAGCCUGGCUCCAAAAGACUAGAGAGGGCAGCAGCAACCCCGAGCAGGGUGCUCAUGCUGCUCCCAAGGUCUCUGUCGAGCGCUGCCUGAAACCAUCCCAACUAGACAUGCGUGUGAGCCCAGAAAAGAGACCUGUGGGUUCCUCUGAGGACAACCAGUUGUGUCAGGAGCUAAUGGCUAUUGUGCAGGGAGGUAAAACAGAGAAAAGAGGCGUGAGGAAAGGUGAUCUGGGAAAGUUUCAAAGCGGGGAAAAGAAGACUGGAGACUCAAAAGCAUUCUCUUCAUCUGCUCCUUUCUCUUCCUCUGCCCUCUCUUCCUCUACUGUCACAACACAGCCACCUCCCAGACUUACACGCAGAGUCAAUAAGCCACAGCCUUCCCACCAUUCAUUGAGAGCUGGACCAGAUCUCACAGAGUCUGAAAAGAGCUAUGUGGAAGCUGUUUGCAAUGAGAUCAUAAACAUUGCAGAAAAGUCUGUUCAUUACUGCAGUACUAUUUCUCAGCCUCUUGACUCUCGCCACAAGGUGACCUCUAAUGACCAUAAACCAUCUCUCAUCAUUUCUCAGCAACCUCAAGCACAGCAGCAAGGACCCAGCCCUGACAGAAGUCAAACACCACGAGACAUAGUUAGCUACCAAGCCCUCUACAGCUACACUCCUCAGAACGAUGAUGAGCUGGAACUGAGGGAUGGUGACAUUGUCGAUGUCAUGGAGAAAUGUGACGAUGGCUGGUUUGUGGGUACAUCCAGGAGAACGAGGCAAUUUGGCACCUUCCCAGGCAACUACGUGAAGCUUCUGUACCUGUAA